GUGGCUUAUAAAUGACUUCACUUUUGGCUACAUUUGCUUAAAAAUAUAUGGGUCUUUUGAAAACAAGUCAACUGUAUUGUUACAAAUCGUUAUUUUAAUACAUAUUGAAGAAAAUUAAAGGAAUUUGCAAGAUAUUGUCUAUCAAAUGUGCUAGCCUUGCUACCCCCAUUUUGGAGAUGGUAGAUUCAGCAAGGAAACAUGGCCGGAAAAUUCGACUUCAAAAUGUCCAAAUUCAAUUCUGACCACUUCUCUACUUCCUUCGCGUGGUUCCGGACCAUGCGGGACGAACAGAAGCUGGUGGAUGUCGUCCUGAAUGUGAACGGGAAGGAUUUCCACUGUCACCGCGCUGUACUAGCGGCAUGCAGCCCCUAUUUUCACACCAUGUUCACAGGAAAUAUGUCUGAGAGCCGUCAGGAGAAGAUCGUGUUACAGGACGACACCGCGGCAGGUGUGAAGGUCGAGGUGGCCGCGAUGGAGGAGGUCAUGCACUACGCGUACAGCGGGGAGGUCAGGGUGACCUCCGACAACGUCCUGCAACUCUACGUAGCAGCUGACCUGUUCCAGAUAGACUUCAUCCUGCAGCACUGUGUACGGUACAUGGAGGGACAGCUGGACUCUUCCAACUGUUUUGGGAUCUUCAGUUUUGCUGACAUGUUCGGUGCAAAGACGCUGAGAGGGAAGAGUCUGAAGUACAUCUGUAGCAGGUUUGGGGAGGUGUCACGGGAGGAAGACUUCUUCCAACUCAGCCCCAGCCAACUGUGUGACAUCCUGGCCAGCAAUGACCUCGCUAUAUCUGAUGAGAUGGCUGUGUGGAGUGCAGUCAUCAGCUGGAUCAUGCACGCACCAAACUCCAGGAAGGACAGUCUGGUGGACGCCCUGACCUGCAUACGACUACCGCUUCUACGGGACAGCGAUAUCGACUGGAUCUCGGAGUACAUCACCAUGUCACAGCUGGAGCAGGACGUGGAUGGCCCAAUGACGUCCAUGGACAAGGCGGUAGAGUUCUGGAAGGAGGGGCAGAGCUGUGCUCAACAGAGAGUUGGGGAGGCAGAAGAAAUGAUCGUUGUUUUUAAGGCCCGACAGAAACUUGAGCCUGGUGUAGCUACCGCUGGACAGACAGACAUUGAAGCGGAAGAGCUGGCUUGUCUGACCAGGGAUGGAAGAGUAUACAGCACAACUAAACCUUGUGUGGACUCCAUCCUACCACUGGGAGUUGUGUCUGCUCAUGAGUGGAGCAUUUACAUUUUUGCGUUUCCAGAAGCCUCUUACCCUUCUUUCCAUAAGUAUGACUGCGUACAGAACGAGUGGACUCAGUUGGCAUCCCCUCCUUCAAGACAUGACUAUAAGAAUCCGUACAUCACACAUGUUGGGGACAAAAUCUAUCUUUUCUUCUCAUCAGGUCAGACAGAAAACAUGCAUUGCUUUGACAUGCGGCUCCGGGAGUGGAGGGUCCUCUCUGUGGUGCCCCGUGUGGUGUUCACUGACACCAAGCUCGCCGUUGUUGACAAGUACAUCUACGCUGUCAGCUGCGAGUUUCUCUUCCGGUACAACUCCAUCGGAGAGGAGUGGACCAAACUGUGGAGCCUGGCCGACUCCGGAGUUUCUGUUGAGAAGAUCCGUGGUGUUGUUGGGGUGAGGAACACCGUAUACUGCCUGUCACAGAACGCACUGUACGCCUACAGCACUGACCGUAACCAGUGGAAACAGCUGGACACAACAGGAGUCCCGGGUGUGACCACGACAACCAGUGUGGACUCAGGCCCGCACCUGGUCAGUUUCCAGGGCCACCUGCACCUCUUAGUCGCGUACAAGGGAGUGGCGAUAGUCGGGUACAGGUUCAGUGAAGUGGAGAACAAAUGGGAGCUGGCCUUGCACAUUCCAUGCACAUAUUACAUCGGUACUCAGUUCCACUGCAUCACUGCAAAACUGUUUGCCUCCCGACUUGGAACCGGAGAAAUGUUCAAAGACCCACUACACGAGAUAGAUGGAACAUAGAGCUACAAAGACUCCAUGUUACAAGUACGGUUGAAGUACCCAUAUACACGUAGUAUUAAACAGACUUUUGUAACUUUGUAUGCUUUCUUGUAUUUAAAAUUUUGAUCUACUUUAAGAUAAUGUUAUAAUCUUUUUCUGUGAUAGAUAUAUAUACUGGACUAAAGUGCAGUUUUAUGUAACCUCAAAUAAGAGUAAAGAUGGUAGAAGACAGUAUUUUUGAAUAGUUGUUUUGUGGCAUAUAAAAGACAUGUUUUAUUAAUUGUUGACUAAUACAAGUCACUAAAUCAAUAUCAUUCCAUAAUAGUUUCAUGUAAUAAAAUAUUGCUGGCAAAAUACACAUACUCUGUGUUUACUGAGAUCUUGUUGUCAUCUUAGGUUGUAGCCCCAAAGUGUAGUUGUGAAACUGUUGGGUCUUUUGUUUAUGAAUGAAUGAAUGUUUAUUGUUUGUAUGGUUAAUCCCUUACACAGUUACAGUUUUAGACUCCCCACCUAUCAUUAUCCUACUUAUUUCAGUCAAAACCUGCAAAUUCAAGUACAAAACAAAAAUAUGUCAUCUGCUUAUAUUAUAGGGCAGGGGUUCCUAAUUGGAAUAUACAUGUACCAGUUUCAGAGAAUACCUUUUAUCACUUUUUUGACCGCGCACUACCACGGACCCCUGUCGCGGAAGAACUUUUGUGUGCACUCGUACUCAUAG